CUGUUGUUACCGUCGAAGAACCUUCAGUAGCUUUCGGUUCAGUCUUCUUGCAGUCUUCGCUUUAGCCCGUUCCGAUCUAUCCGCCGCGCUCUCUCGCAGUGUUUUUCAGUAUUCAGAAAAUUCACCUGUAACUCACUGAUAUCCGGAGCAAAAAUCCAUUUGUGCGAAACCAUUUUUCCAAUCAACCACCAAUCUCGUUAUCACAUCAGCUAAAUCAGUCCGUUGACCAGUCUUCGCGCGCCGAACUAGUUUUUUUCUUUCCGAUCCGUAAUUUCUGCGCGACGACCCUUCUAUCAUCUAACAAAAAAAAAACAAACAAGUAAAAAAAGAAAAACACAAAAAUAGAAUAGAAGCGGUCCCACGCGAUCGAUCUGUGUGCGCUGUCCUGGCAUUCGCCAGUUCACCUAUCCUAACAGCCAGAAAAGAAAUCCGCGAGUUCCAACUAAGUCAAGUGAGUGCGCGAAAACAAGAAGGCCAAGAUCGCCAAAUCCAAAUCUAAGCCGAGAUCAACAACCAGAAGAGAAGAGCCCCGACCGACCGACCGAGCUACAGCAAGAAUAAAAAAGUAGUGUGUUCUAGAGUGGUGUGGUGCCCUCGGUGCAAACUUGCAACGUCAUCAUCCGGUCGUUCUACAACCCAGUAGCAACAAAAAAAAAAUAAAACCCGCGCGAAAAAGAAGUAGUAGAAGCGAGAAGUGCUCCAUCACCAGUGUCCCUCUACCACCUCCCCUUAAUUCCCAGCAAUCCCAGACGAAAAUUUGCCAAUUACCUUCCGUAUUGAACCCUGACGAAGAUCGUUUGGAAACGGAUCGAAACGUUGGUGGCCGACUCGAAGUUGUUCGAAAAGCACAGAUUGAAACUCGUUGGAAAUUCGUUGUGUGACAGUGGCGCAGUUGUGCAAUUUUAGUAAACAGUAAGUAACAGGAAAAGGUCGGGAAAAAAGAAAGUAUACCUGAGCAAGUUUUGUUGAGAUUUGUUUUCUGUUUUAAGUUUGAUCAAAUAUCAACGGGAAAAGAAUAAAAAAAAACCAGACGUUUGAGGAAAUUUAGAACGUUUAGACGUUGUCAUUCACCAGAAACUUUGCGUACUUACAAGUAAAGGAAGAAAAAAAAAACAAACAAACAAAAUAGACAAGUUGGUGUUGUGAGAAUUUUUCGGUGUUUUUUUUUGCGUGCAAUAGCAACUGAAAAACGUUUUGAACAAAAAAAACUAAACUUUAGAUCAAUACUUAACUAGUACUUAAGCGAAAAAGAGCGAGAGAGAAAGAGAGACAAUCAACAUAUCAAACGAGAACGGACUUUGGCUGUAUCGAGAGUUCGCGUACGAGUUCUGACUUUGAUAAGUUCCCGUCGUCGUCGUCGCUGGUCUUUCCUCGUCUGCCACAAGAGAAGAAGCGAAAUAAAACAAGUUUUUAUUUUUAUUUUCACCACAAACACACACACCCCUCGCGAUCUUCGGUGUCCUCCGCGUCGUCGUCCCCGCAGAAAGAAUCGCUCCACGCCGUCGCCUGCCACGAAGGUGGAAACAACUCCAGUAGAGUAUUUAACCAGUCAAAAGUGAGAACUCGAAGAAACGAAAUAUAAAGACAAAAAAAACUCGGCAAGAAUUGAGUAAGAUCGGGAAUCAAAACGAACGAACGAACGGGUAGAGAGUAGGAGCAGAGCGAAGGAAAGGAAAGAAAAAAAAGCAAUUGUUUACACCCAGGAACGCGCGGCGAAGCAGCCAAGAAGCGAAGGUCUCUCCAGCGAAGAAGAGUUCACGCGAGAUUUUCAGGUUUUUCUUCUGUCAUUGUUGUUGCUGUCGUCGUCGUUGUUGUUGUUCUUGUAGAGUUUUUUCUUCUUUCUUUCGUUGUUCGUGUUGCGGGGAUCGUUCGUACCUUUCGUACCUCGAUCAUCAUCACCACCACCACCACCGAACACCACCCGAGAGGGUUCAGAAGAAUCUCCCGAUCGGAUCUGGAGAAGGAAACGCGAAACCGACGCGCGGGUAGAGAAAAAACCGGUUCUAUAUAAUCAGAAAUAAUUACAAUAAAUACAUUUCUCGUCUCUGUCUUACCCACCACCUUCGGUGGCCGUGUUCGCGGUUGAACUCUUGAAAACAAAAAAAAAGUAUUGGGGAAAAAAAAUAAAUAAAACUUUGGUUUGCGAUCCAUCGUAGAACCACUGGAAAAGAACUCGCUCGCGUACGUACUUAUUAUAGACCAAGCAGACGAAUAGCAGUUCGAAAAGGCAGUUUGAUGCUUCGACAGGCGUAUAAAGUGUAAGAAGAACAAAAAGAAGAAAGCCACCAGUCAAUAUAAAAACAUAUACAAUCGCGCAGAAAACAAAACGCGAAGUAUUUUUAGAAGCUAGAUUUCCAAACAAUCCAAAGCGCGCACCGUGCGGUGAUUUGUGAAUGAGCGAAAGAGGCAUACUGUAGUGCGAAAGAGGAAAUAAUUAAAUUUCGAGUGUAUUUUUGCGCUAGGGUUAAAGAAAAAUUUACUAGGAUUCUAUUUUUUUUUGGUUUGGUUUAGUUGAUUUGCGUUCACAGCGCAAAGCCCCGCCUCACCCGACAACGGUUUUGGGCGUCGAAGUAUAGUCGAAUCGAAUUCGAUCGCAUACAACAAAAAUAAAAAAAACAGUAAUUAAGAUAGAAAAAAAAAACACAAAAAUUAACAAAACAGUAGCUUGGUAAGGUUUACCGUUUAGGAGAAAGCGUUUUGACAAUCAAUUCAAUCGCUGUACUGACCAAUCAGGGUAGCACGUUCCUGGAAGCGUGCCCCGAAUCGCGUCGUGUUUCCCAACUCUGACAAUCUAUCGAACAAUUUCGGAACGUUUACGAGAAAUUUACACAUCUGCACAUAUCUCCAGUGUCGUCUCCAGUAGUAGUAGUAGUCUCUCAGACCUAGAAGGCGUGUUUUAUCGUUAGUACCGCUGACGAAACCGCUGCCAGCUCCCCCCCUGACAAUCAUUCUCAGCCUUUUGACAAUCUAUUCUACACUUUUCCGCCGCGUUAAGGCACCCUAGUUGUUAAUAAAUAUAUUUAGCGUGUAGGAAGGCAGUCAGUCUGUAGUCGAUAGGAUAUUGUUAGAAAGAAAAAAACUAAAAACCAGUUCAAUUAUUAAGACAAAUCAUUAGCUAAAAAAGGAUAAGUCAUUCAGGGCUGAACCCCCGCAAUUGAUGCAAUCGCACCUGAGUAGGAGUUAAUCGAACCCGACGACGAAAGUAACUCUGUAAUUCAACCGAAACGGUAACAGAAACAGAAAAAAAACAACAAAAAACCUAUCUCAACGUUAGUCCCGGUACCAACUGAAAAAUUUACGUCACCACGUAUUUCCGACCGGGUCCGAUCUUUUGUCCCCCCUUUGUACCGCCGCCGCCGCCGCCAUCGUCAGCGCUGCUCCAGCAGCCGCCGCAUUCGACGCCAACCGCCGUAGUCAGCCAACCGAUCGGUUCGAGUCCAUCCGGUUCCGCCGCCUAUCCGGUGCAGUUCCCACUGUUUCCCAGUUCCCAUUCGACGCCACCCCCACCGGCCGCCUCCUCGUCCACCUGUUCGCCGUCGCCCGUUGCUUCCGCCGCGACAGCAGUCUACAGCAACGGUAUCGGCUGUAACGCGGCUCAACAGUUGUGCUACUGCGGUCACUGUAACUACCACCAACACCACCUCCAACAGCACCCCCAUCACCACUUCCAACACCAACACCACCACCACCAGCAGCCGCUGCUACUCCAGCAGCAGCCCCCCCAGUCUACCACGGCUACCAUCAUACCGCCCACCCUCAUCCUUAGCCGCUUCACCGAGAUCAAUCUCGGCACCGGGAACAACUCGCUCAGCGGAAGCGAUCCCAGUCUAGCGUCCAGCAGUAUUCCUACAGGCAAAGAGAUAAUGCGAGGUAGCGACGAACUCCUGAGUCAGGCAGCAGUCAUGGCACCGGCCUCGGACAACAACAACCAGGACCUGGCAACCAAGAAGGCCAAACUGGAACCGAACACAGUGAUUGGCGUGGGUGGCAUUACAAAACCCUCCCGCGUCGUCCACAUCCGGAACAUCCCGAGUGAGUCCAGCGAGGUGGACGUGAUGCAUCUGGGCGUUCCGUUCGGUCGCGUGACCAACGUGCUGGUGCUGAAGGGCAAGAAUCAGGCCUUCCUGGAGAUGGCCGACGAGAGUGCCGCCACCAGUAUGGUAACGAUGUUCACCGCAACCCCACCGAUCGUUCGCGGUAGAACCGUGUACGUGCAGUUCAGCAACCACCGGGAGCUGAAGAUUGACCAGAAUCAUACGGUGCCGAAUAUGACACUACAAACACAGGACCUUACCCAGUCACCGACAGGAUCGCCACUGCCGUUAUCGAUGGAUCAUACCACUACCAACUCGACCGGAUCGACCGGUGCCGCCACCCAGGGUGGUCCGAAUACGGUGCUACGGGUCAUUGUGGAAUCACUGCUGUAUCCGGUUUCGCUGGACAUUCUCUAUCAAAUUUUCCAGCGAUUCGGCAAAGUGCUCAAGAUUGUCACCUUCACCAAGAACAACUCGUUCCAGGCUCUGAUUCAGUACCCGGACGCAGCUACGGCCCAGCAUGCCAAGCAAACCCUGGACGGCCAGAACAUCUACAACGGUUGCUGUACGCUGCGCAUCGACAACAGCAAGUUGACCGCGCUGAACGUCAAGUACAACAAUGACAAAUCCCGGGACUACACCAACCCGACACUGCCGUCCGGUGAACCGGGCAGCGACGUGAUUGCCAGUGCCGGUGGGCUCGUAUCGGCCGGUGAUCUGUUGCUGCUGGCCGCCGGCCAACGGCCCCAGCUAACACGGGACCGACUAGUCAAAUUAGACAAAUCUCCCUAUUUUCUAGUGAAUGGCUUAGCGACUCCGGGGGUGAUUCCACCCUUCGGUCUAGGUCUCGGAUCGCCGGCUCUUGCCAGUGCGUACGGUGGUGCCCUGCCGAAUCUGGGCGCCUUCGCGCUGGCCUCCAACGGUGCCCUCGGAACACCGAACCCGGCCGUACUGCGAGGACUCUCCAACGUUUUGCUCGUUUCCAAUCUGAACGAGGAGAUGGUCACGCCUGAUGCUCUAUUUACCCUCUUUGGGGUGUAUGGUGAUGUACAACGUGUAAAGAUUCUAUACAACAAGAAAGAUUCAGCACUCAUCCAGAUGGCUGAACCUCACCAAGCGUAUUUGGCAAUGACCCAUUUGGACAAGCUCCGCAUCUGGAACAAGACAAUCCGUGUAAUGGCCAGCAAGCAUCAGGCGGUGCAGUUGCCGAAGGAGGGCCAGCCGGAUGCCGGCCUGACUCGAGACUACGCACAGAAUCCCCUGCACCGGUUCAAGAAGCCGGGUAGCAAAAACUACCAGAACAUCUAUCCACCGUCUUCCACACUGCAUUUAAGCAACAUUCCAGCCACUGUAACCGAGGAAGAGAUUAAAGAAUCCUUCACCAAAAAUGGUUUCGAAGUCAAAGCAUUCAAAUUUUUCCCAAAAGACCACAAGAUGGCACUGAUACAGCUCAGUUCGAUCGAGGAUGCUGUGUGCGCUCUGAUCAAGAUGCACAACUACCAGCUGUCGGAGUCGAACCAUCUGCGUGUCAGUUUUUCCAAAUCCAACAUCUAAAAUGUAUGCAGCUCCACUCCUCGACUGCUACACCAUACUCUUACUACUUUUACUAUGGCUUCUAACUAACCAAGUGAUCCGACAGCAGCUCGAUUCCAGCUCUCAUUGAAAGAAAAAAAAACACGAAUACACAUCCACAACCCACAGCCACACACGCACACAAAUAUGAACCCCCUACCGGCACCACCAACACUACUACAAUGGGAAUUGAUUCAACGUCAAAGCAGCAGCAAUGCAUCGGUUUUGCUACUACCACACUAAGUAGGCCUAGAAUUUUAAGCAGCGAAAUAAGAAAAGAAAAAAAAGCAAAACUCCCCGGGAUCAUUUUGUGUGUUUUCAUCCUAUCCUGAAUACGCCUACUGCGCCGCUGCGCCAUUUGCUCGACAUCAAUCGGAACGGCAAUCGGUUAACGAAACAACACAACGCAGACAGAAAAUGGGAAAAUGGGACUUGGCCAAAACCGCCGAAUCUGGUGACAACUGAGAAAAAAAGUAACAAAAGAAAUUAAACUAAACAAAAACACGAGCACCCACACACACACAGACACAUAAUCAAUCAAACUUCGCAGUCAAAUGUGUAAAUUGAAGUAGAAUCUUUUUACUAGAAGAAGAUAAGAAAAAAGCGUUAAAUGGGAACAAACUAUACCUAAAAACAAAAAAAAAUGAAAAAAGUACCACAAAAGGAAACCGAGAGGCGCAUGUGAAAAAGUGACCCCGUUGAAAGAAAAGUUAAAGUAGGAGAAAGCAUCAGAUAAGAAAGUAGGUCGAGUAGCAAAAAAAAGUAAUAUAAAAUAAAAGCGCUAGGAAGACACACAAACAGGAAGGAGCAGGAAUCAACAUAUUGGAAACAACACAGAUACUAUUUAAGAACUGUAGAAACAGACAAAAAACAAACAAAUCGUAUUUAAAUGUACUACACAGAAGAUUAUAUGCUUAGAGUCAACCAACUGAAUUACUACUGUAAAGCGGAAGCAGAGAGAGAAAGAGAGAGAGAACAAUUGAACUUUUCACGAACGUAAGAGAUCUGAACUAUAGGAAGUCGAAAGCAAGAACUGGCGAAACUUUAUCCCGGAAUUUCUUGCGAUUUAUUGCGUUUAUUACUUCUUUUUUUUAAUUAAACCUAACCUUACUAAGAUUAUCUCGAUUGGUGUUUAUUUUAUUUUAUAUUAUCCUUCUAAUUUGUAAAAAAAGAAAAUUAACCAACUAUCUUAACGUACUGAGAAAAAAAAUGGUGGCCGGUGGUGAAGCACAGACAAGUAGAGUUACUUAGAUUUUACUACUUUUGAACGUACUCCUCUUUUGUUCCACUAAAAAACAAAAAGGCAAGCCAGCAGCAGCAGCAGCACCAUGCGAGUGAAAACUCUGUGAGCAGCUUGGCUUGUCUUAUUUCUUCAAAAGAAAUAAAAAGCAAAAACAAAUUGUAUCGACGAGAUCUGUGUGUUAGUUUAGAUGUGCGUGUUCGAGAAAGAAUAAAAGAAAAAACAUGAAAAAAGAUGCGCAGUUCGAGGGCAAAUCGAAGGAAAACAAUUUAUGUAUUAUUAAUUGAUAGUUAGUUUAGGUUAAAUAUGCUCUAGUUUUACCGCUAUUUACAAUUUAAACGAACAGCAGCAAUUUCAAACCAGAAGAAACGAAGGCAGGCAGACAUAUGAUGAAGAGAUAGAACAGAAUAAUUUCCAGUAUUGUUUAAUUAUUAGACAAGAGAGUAGGUUGAAUGGAUGAUGGAGCGAGUGAAAAAGAAGCUAGGAUCUAUGAGCCGCCGUUUCGCUCACUUAUAGUGAGGUCAGGACGGGGGGUGGGCUGUGUAAAAAGUUAGGUUUACGCUGAUGUCCGCGGUCCGGCCUAGAUGUUAGGUUUUUUUUUGGCUUCCCUAUGUUACAAACACACACACAGACACUGUUAACUGUUUAAGUUGUAGUUAUAUAUGACAAUUUUUUUCUCUCAUGUUAAAGGUGUAUGGAGAAUUAUUUUCUGUGUCUUAGUUGCAAUAGCUUUCACUCGUACUGAAAGUCGUAGUCGAGGUCGUGGAAUCUCAGGUAUUCUCAACUGUUCACCGCGAAAGCGAAAAAUUGAGCGGAAAAAAUGGGGCUCGCACCUCGAGAUGAAACGAAAAAAAAAACAUAUAGAUGAACAAAUUCAGAUUUUGGAAAUGUGAUUUGCUUUGUGAUCAGUUGACAGAUAGGAAGAAACGAAAAAAAAUGUAUGGCAUGUGUAUGUAGGUAGCGAAAAAGCAAAGAAAACAAAGAACAAGCGACCACCAGCAAUUGGUUGACCACUUCGUCGAAGCGUCGACAUUCUUUCCUAUUACUCUCUAUAGUUCUUAUUUCGUGCGUGAUUGGUGGUGCGUUCCGUCGAUCGAUCGGAAACGGAAAUCCCAAACACGGUACACACACACACACACACACACAAACACAGAUAUGUACUCUAAAAAAGAAACAAACAAACAAAAAAAUAAAAAAGAAGUGAGAAAUAGUGUCAAAUCAAACAGGUGAAAAAAAUAGACAUGAACUCAGUAAACUUGCAAGAAUAAAUCAAUCAUUUUGUAUAAGACAUACUGCUGGAAACAAUCAUUCGCGAUAGAAAGAAAGAGAGAUAUAGAAGAAACAAAAAAAAACAUGACGCAUGACAAUUCAUCAAUGUGUAAAAAAAACGACCGAACUAACUUACAUACAUGGAGAAGAAUCGCACACCCACACACACACACACUUAUACAUGGACAGUUUUACAUGUGAACUCACACACACACACUCACAUAUACUAGGGAAAUAAGAGAUAAAUAGCCGUUGCAUUUUUUGAGCUUAUCGAAGAAAACCAACAGAAGUGGAUGAGUACACUUAUUAAAGUAAUUAUAUAUAAAAGAAACUGGAGAAAUCAUAGAAAAAAGUAACUAUAAAAAAGUGGUGAUUAAAUCAUUAAACAGUUUUUUAUGAUUAUUAUGAUAAAAAAGGUAUAUAAAACUAUAUAUUUAGAGUAUUAAUCUAUAUUAACAAGAGGUAAAAAUCGAGACAAGAGGCGAUAGUGAAAAAAAAGUGAAAUAAAAUCAUAAAAAAUGGGUAAACAAAAUUAGGAAAAUAAAAAAAAAUAUUUACACAAAGACAGAGACAUCGCGCGUGUUUGUGUGCGACAACACAGUCGAUAUGGAGGCGCAUGGAGAUGAAGAGAAGAAGACCAGCGCGAGCGCCGGAAGCAUGGAUGCCGAUCGGGCGACACGCGAAGCCAGCCGGAAGGUGGGCUCUUCCGGCGAAAAUAAAAUUCGAAUAAAAAUAUGAGAAAUCUCGACAAUCAGAUGAUGUUAUAUUUUAGCGAUAAAUCUUUAAUCUUCAAACUCUUACUAUGUAAUUGGAAACGAGAAACGAGAACAAAAUCAAUCACACAUACACACAAACACUCUCUCUUACCAACUUACAAACAAAACAAAAGAAUGAAUCCGAAACCCGGGACAGUAACUCGGUGGAUCGGCGAAGAACCGGAGGUAAUAGCGCGACCCAGUCGAAACAGAACCAAUACAAGAACAACACAAACACACACACAUAUGCAAAACACAAGUAAAUGGAUAUCACUACCUAUAUCUUAGCUCUUAAAUUAAUGAAAUGAAAAAAUGAAGAAACUUACUCGUAAUUAUUCCUUAGAUGGAGAAAGAAAAAAACGUAACUAUUAAUUGUAUGGUUUAGCAUUAUUUCUUUCCGUUCACUUCGCUUCGCUCCAUUUUUUCGGAAUUGUGCAAAACGGUCAAACUGUUUGACAUUCUGCUAUAUUCAUUACUAAUCUACUACUACUAUUACUUCUACUAACACACAACUAUUACCACUAUUGCUGCUAUUUCUACGUACCACUACUUCUACUACUAUUACUAUUACUAUGCACUACUACUACUACUACUGCAACUUUAGAAACUACUACUACUACUACUACUACUACUACUACUACUAUAAUUACUAUUUUAAGCAAAUACGUGAACUCUCCUUAGUUGUUAGAAGAAAAAUAAAAUAAACCAGAAAUGAAAAUGGGAUGAACAGAAGAAAAGAGAUUUCAAAUCGCGACGAAAAACACACACACAUAAACAGACACCUAUACAGAAAGAAGUAAGCAAGCAAGGAAGAAAUGCACUUGCCUGAUGGCUGAUGAAAAACAUGGAAGAAUAAGAAGAGAAAACACUCAGAAAAAAACUCGUUAUUGCUGCUAGCCAAAAGUCGUUAGAUGUUUUAGUUAUUGAAAGCAAAAAAAAAAAAAAGAGCGGAAUGAAUGAGAGGAAGGGGGGAACGGUACCGUAUUUUUGCUUAUAUUUUCCUCUUCGUUAAACUGAAGCGUGUUAAACUGAAGUGCAAACACAACCAACAAUGGGAAUUCGCGAAUUGUGUAACAGUGUAAGUAGAUUGAUAAUGUCAAAACCAUUGAAUAUUGCAAGAACAACAAACAGAAGAAAAAAAAAAUAGAUGGAAGAAACCCGUUUCGUAGUAAACCCACAAACCGUUCUUUUGGUUCGUGUUUUGUUUGCGCUGCAACAAAACUAGAGAAAAAUUGGUUACGAGAAAAGGAAACAGGUGCCCAUGCAGCAGCAGGCCCACGGAAAAAAAACUCUUUCGCUUCGGAUAAUAGAAACCAACAACCUUCGAACUAAUAUCUCUUCUUCCGGUCAUUAUUUUAUUUUUUUAUGUUUUCCUUCAUUUUUAAGCUGAACGAAAAACGAAAACGUUAAAAAAUAUCAAAAUUCUAUCCUCUUCUUCCCUUAUUAGCAAGUGAAACAAAGAUAAACACAUACACAGACACACAAACACACAAAGAAACAAAAAAAAACAAUGUUAGAAUCUAUCUAUUGUAUAACGAAGCAAACACGUGAAAAGUAAUUAAAUAUCAAACAAAAAAAAUAUCAAUGUAUUUGAAGUUUAAUCAAACAAGAGAAAACUGUUCGUACUACGUUUAUUGAAAAAUCAAACCAAGUCUACUCUAGGAAGAAAAUGGCGGACGGGAGGGAAUGAGAUAGGUACAGUGAGAGAGAGAGCGAGCGAGAAAGAGAUCCGUGUGACGAAAGCGAAAGCGAAAGCGAUACAAUCAAAUCAAAGUCUACUGUUUUCGCAUUAGUGAAACAACUCUCGUAAAAAUAAAAACUUAGUAAAAAUUUUAAUCUUAACUGGUAGGGUACCGUAGCUAAGCGCAAGCGCGUAAAAAAAAAUGGUGUACUAUGAUUGCAAUAUUCUUACUGAUUAAUAAUCUUACGUUAAUUAAAUUAUCGUGUAAGCAACCUAUUAGUUUCUUUUUUUAUCUCGUUUGUUUUAGUCUUUAACUUAAACACGCUUGUGUAUAAUUUUGUUCGACCGUAGUAGACAGGUUCUGUAACCCGAGGCAAACUUCGCACACAGUAUUGAUUCAUUUUUGCCCUUUACCCUGUAUUCGUUACUACUACUAUUAAUACUACUACUAUUACUACUACUACGUUACGACCCCCGCUUGAGCUCUGUUUAUUACUAUUAGAGAAGCACACGAAAGAGAUCGGCUGUCAGCAAUCAUCAAUCGCUGCUAACACAUAUUACGAAAAAACAGGUAAAAAAACGGGACUUUAGAUGAAAUAGAAGAAAAAAAACUUUACCAAGAUGUUGUAGAGACAGAAUAAUCAACUUACUCACUGAAAAAAAACUCACACGUACGGAUGCGAACCAUGUGUCAAAUUUUGUCCUUUUAUAGCUAGAGACGAGAGUAAACAGCAGAAGAAGAAGAAGGUGUACAGUAAAUUUCCAUUUGCACCGUAGAAUAUUUUUAACUGGCACCGCGCGAGACAAACAAAACUCUCUCUCACACACACACACCCACAAACACUCGUGUUGUGACACCGUUUAGCAUUCAUCUUCUUCGAUCGUACUGUUGACUACUGAACUACUGCUACUGCUACUACUACUACUACAACUACUAUUACUGCAACUACUAGAGAUUGACGAAAAUGAGACCCAAACUCCCCUAUCUAUCCCCUACGGCAGUUUUCUCUGCUUUGUUGACGGUUCCAUCAUACCCGCACAUCUACUGACUAACAUGGAAGUGAUUCGUAGUUUUACUCUGCAUCGAAUAAUCGUUCGUAUAGUAAAAUUAUGGAUCGGAAAAAAAAGUUUCGGAACGAAUUCAACUGAACUCACAGGAAAGUUUUGCAGUGCUGUUCCAUCUUUUCAACAAAUCUAUUCUGAUUGCUAGCCUCACAAACACAAUAACAGAGAAAAAUGCGAACACACAUUCACACGUACGAAAGCAUGUGCAUUUCAAAAACGGCGAUAUUAAGAGAAGUUAAGCACUUAAAAGUAGUAAAAAGAAGAAAAAAAGCCGUAAGAGAAACAAUUUAAAAAAAUGAUAAUGUGUCUCCAAGAUAGCCAAAAUUAAGCAAAAGAAGAAGGAAUAGAGAAAGCAAAUCAGAUGCUUUUUGUUGUUUUAUAUUAUUAGUGCAAAACCGUGUGUGACAAAAGCAAACAAAACGAUGGUCAAUUCAGAUAUGGAGGAUUCCGCGUGCGCCGCCCCAAACAUGGCGACCGUGAGUGAUCUCUGUUUUGUUUUUUGAUUUUCGUUCGGCGCUAGUGAUAGCCAACAAUGUAGGUAAAAAGUUAGACUCGGUGGUUAGCGAAAAACAAAAACGCGGCGUCUAUAUUUUAGGUUGCGCCGCCGUGCGCGCAGAUAAAACUAGCGAGAGAAUGGAAGUGUAAAAAGAAGAAAAUAAAAAAAACAAACAAAAAAAAAAUAAAAACAACAACAGAAUUGUUAAUUGUGAUUUUUAUUGUUAAUGCAGAAGAAUUUAAAAAAUACCGGUUAGUGUAAGAGGACUAGCCAGACUAGCGGCCAAUGACUUUCUUGAGGCGAAUCGUCCGACCGAUCCGGAAGCCUCUCAGCCGUGAAUACGGAUCCCCCUCCCUACUUUCCCUACUUCUCGACUUUUGUUAGAUUAGAGUGUUUGUUAAGAGAAACAACCAAGUGCAAUAUUGCUUAAGGAAAAAAAAAAAAACGUUACGCAGUGUUUUAGUUUAGGCUUUCAUGAUGCUUUUUUUCUAAAAAAAAAUAUUCACGGCUGGGACUGGUUGACUCUUCCGUAUUGGUGCCGGUGUCGCUACUUCGGGAACAAAUUUGCUUCUGGAUUUGUUUCUCUCGCUGAUAGAAACGCUUUUUGAUCCUGUUUUUUCGGUUCAAUCUGUUCAAUCUGACAGGAGGACACUGCUAUAAGUGAACAGUUUGUUGUUUCGAUCGAUGGACGGCAGAAACGGACAUCACUCGAAUGCUGUCAAACUGGUCACUGCUCAUGUUUAUGUUAGCAAGCCAAACAAGCAAGCAAGCAAACUUCUAAAUCACGGAACUGUAUUCGAAUCGAACACGAUAGGCCUAUAGUUUCGAAAAGCCUCGAAGUCAAUACAAUUUAGUAGCAAAUAACGCCCACAUAGAAUGUAACCGAUAGGACGUGGUUCGUGGCGAAUGCAACACACGGACACACACACUCACUCACUCCCUUAUUGAUGAAUUUCUGUAUUCGAAUCUGAUAGAUAAAUGUUCACACUUAAAAAUUGAUACAAAACUACACGUUCGACAAGCGUAAAUAUCAUCGUGCAUUUUUAUUACAAAGUUUUAUUGAAAGGACACCGCUCUGAAAAAGAAAGAAAAAAAGAAAACAAAGCAGGCGGAAAUAUCAUUGACAGGCGAUUGUUUAAAAUAUAUAUAUGAAUAUAACCUAGCGAAUGUAGCCGAUGUAUUGAAAAGUCAGUUUGAACCUUGCUCCGAAAAGAGACAAUCACCCCGAUUCUGCAAUCCGACGGAUUUGUGAUACGAACGAAUCUACACUUUCGAUCGAGUUCGAAUUUUGCAUUCUUUAUGCCGUUCGACUUGUAUGAUACGAUCGACUCUCGUUCGGUAACACUUGAAAUUUCGAACACUAACCAUCAAAGCUGUCAACACUACUCACACGUUCUAUAUUAUUUAUAUUAUUCAUUUCUUAGUAAACGAAACCGUAACACUUGUAUAAACAAAUUAGAACGAUUCUAAACCGAACAGAAGUAAUACGUACGCAAGUCGAUCGAGUAAUGUUCGAAAAUUUAACAACUCGAACGAAUGAUAUUCGAGUUCAUACCCAACUCGAACGGAAUGCAGAAUGGAAAUUGCACAUUCGAUCGGAAUAUUUCGAAUCGAUCGACAUACAGAAUAGGGGUGAAUGUCCUUCACCUGAAGAAGAUCUAACCCGAAUCAAUCGAUUUUCCACCUAUUCUUUCUUCCUUCUGGGCGCAUCAAAAACAACAACAAACAGCCUAACACACUACUGCUUCUACAAUCGCUCUGCAAAUGAAACAAAAAAAAAAACUCAUUUACACAUACGCACACAAAAACAAACAACCAAAAUCUACCGGGUUCUUACUCCUUCUGUCGCUUUGGAAUUAUAACCUAACAAACUCUCUUCGACCACCUCUUUGUCGAGCUCCAUCUAGAAACUGAGAAGAAAAAAAACAAAAAAAAAAACAAACCAAGAAGUUAAAGCAAACAAGUCAAAGAGAGCUUUAAAGGCAACCAAAAGAAGGAAAUGAACAAAAGACAUUUACAACAGAGAACAAACAAACAAACAAACAUAAGAAAAAUACUAAACUAAAAAAUGAACCGCGGAAAGAUCGUAAUAGAACAAAGAGAUUAAGAGAAAAACAAACAAACAAGCAUAUAGAUACUAGUUUGGUCCGUGAGAUACCGGAUAUUCAAACCGCUAUAGGUAAAUCAAGAGAAUUUUACUAUUAGGAGAGGUAAGCAAAACAAUGAUCUUACAAACGUCACUUUGACGGAACACAGAAACACACACACCGACCAGCAGACAAACACUCAUACACACACUCACACAUAAACCUCCAUACCAACCGUUAGAAUAUUGAAUGUAAACAGAAGCAAAGCGCAGAUUACCAAACCUAGCGAAUGAUGUAUGUAACAUAACAAAAAAAAAAUACAAGUAGACAACAAGCUAGUAUAUGAACAAAAAAAAAAUCAAGAACAGAAAAAAAUAACCAUAGGCUAGUGCGAGUAGCAAGGAAGAAAGAGAGAGCGGAAACCAAAACUGAAAAACGGUUUUUCUUUCGCACAUAUACUAUGAACAAACAUAACAAAAAUCAACAAGGCACUAAUCGCAAAUUCAAGGAGAAUAUAUUGAGAAAAAAAAAACAGGAAAACAAAAUAUUUAAAAAUUCAAUUUUUUCACCGAUCGCCACCCGGAUCGCUUGACGACGACGCGGUGGCAGGGAGAGGGCACUAACGGGGGGACUGAUCGGUGGUCGAUCCCCCCAUGUGGACAGGGACGAUAGGUACACGGUAAUAGUUAGUGAUGGAAGCAGAAACAGAGAUCGAUGUGUGUAGAGUUGUAGCUUGUAGCAAAAAGGGGGAACAAAUCAAUAUGGAGGAAAGGUGGGGAGCGAAAGAGAGAAAGAGAGAGAGAAGGUACGAAUUCUAGAUUCUAAUUUGCAGGAAGAGAAGAAGAUACACACUAACUCACCGACUGACGAUGAUGAUGCUACGACGAAAGACGAAAGGACAGAGGACAAAACAUACACAAGAACAUACAUGAAUACAAAAGAGAUACAAAAAAAACGGACAAACUACAACAUCGCGAAGAAAAAGGGAAAGAAUGCAACCAACCAACCACAAGAUGCAGAGUAGAGAGAAAGAUGAAAAUAAAUGAAAAGCAACAAAAAAAAAACAUACAAAGCGAUAAUUGCAUGGUGUUAGCAAAACAUAAACUGGAAACUGAACGUACGGUAAAAAAAAGAAGUAACGGAGGAUGUAAGGGGAAUAUAUAUUAUAUAUUAAUGAUUAAAAGUAAAAGUAUGGCUACGAUUUUGUCGUUUUAUAAUAAAAAAAACAUUUAAAUAAAAUUUAAAAAACAAGUACAUUAUACACAUAAAAAUGAAUAAAAAUUGUAAAAAACAA